CGGGAUUUGGUCGACACUUGGCACAAUAAACUGCAUUGCCACGCAACUGGUUUCUUCACCUCACACUAGAGACUACCUGGCUAUAUUUGUUGUACAUCCUCUUGACCCACAAAGAGUAUUCGCUAACACUGCAACAACCACGCGCAAUCAUCCUACUAGCGGGAACUAAAAAUCUACACGUCCUCACUAAUUUUGAAUAGAAAUCAAUAUUUCAAUACUAAAUAAGGAGUUGGAGGAAUAUGGGAGAGCCAAGACAGAUUGCGUUCAACGUCAGUGAUCACUACCAGAUCAUUGAGAUUGUUGGUGAAGGUGCCUACGGAGUGGUAUGCUCAGCCAUCCACAAGCCAUCCAACCAAAAGGUGGCCAUCAAGAAGAUCGAGCCGUUUGAACGGUCGAUGUUGUGCUUACGAACGCUACGGGAAUUGAAGCUUCUCAAGCAUUUCAAUCACGAGAACAUCAUCUCGAUUUUGGCCAUCCAAAGACCGCCUUCAUUUGAACAGUUCACCGAGAUAUACUUUAUCCAAGAACUCAUGGAGACAGACUUACAUAGGGUCAUCCGUACCCAAAAGCUUUCCGACGAUCAUAUUCAAUACUUUAUCUACCAGACAUUGAGAGCUUUGAAGAACAUGCACCUGGCCAAUGUACUUCAUCGAGAUCUUAAGCCUUCAAAUCUUCUUCUUAACAGUAAUUGUGAUCUUAAAAUCUGUGAUUUUGGACUUGCCAGAUCAAUUGCGUCUAGCGAGGACAAUUUUGGAUUCAUGACUGAAUACGUGGCCACACGAUGGUACCGUGCCCCAGAAAUCAUGCUUACUUUCCAGGAAUAUACCACUGCUAUCGAUGUUUGGUCGGUUGGAUGUAUUUUGGCUGAAAUGCUUUCAGGGAAACCACUCUUCCCCGGUAGAGACUAUCACAAUCAAUUAUGGCUUAUUAUUGAAGUUUUAGGAACACCAAACAUGGAGGAUUACUACAAUAUCAAGCUGAAAAGAGCCAGAGAAUACAUAAGAUCAUUACCUUUCCGUAAGAAGAUACCAUUUACUAAUUUCUUCCCAGAUGCAAAUCCAUUAGCAAUUGAUUUGCUUGAAAACCUCUUAACAUUUAACCCAGCCAAGAGAAUAUCGGUUGGAAACGCAUUAAAUCACCCUUAUCUCAAAUUGUACCACGACCCAGAAGAUGAACCCAUUGCAGAGAAAAUCCCGGAAGAUUUCUUCGAUUUUGAUAAGAUGAAGGAUGAAUUGGGAAUACCAGAUUUAAAGAACAUGUUGUACGAAGAAAUUAUGAAGCCAUUAUAG